AUGUUGCUCAGUAAAGCAACGGCUUAUCCUUUUUCCGCAAAAGAGUGUGCAUGCAUUUUUGCAGAGAAAGCUGCUGGGACAGAUGCAGGCUUUGGCGGUAGCGGGUUAUAUCCUGUAGGCGUGGUAACUCCGACACCAGGAUUAGAUUCACUGUUGCAACAAUUUGUGGCAAGUGCAGAAAAGGCAGGGAUAGAGUUUUCACCAAAAUGUAAGACUCUGAGUGUAGAUGAGCGACAACCGCUUACGUAUCUCGACGAGGCGGUGGGUACACUGUCGAAGACUCGUGGUUUGCAUAAUGAUGGAUCCGUAUAUCCCAGCUCAUCGAUAUUAUAUUCAGUCACGCCUUCUUCUCCUGACGGAGAAACGUGUAGUAUAUCGUUGAUGUGGAACAGCUCUUAUAACGACACUGCCGACUUAGUACAAAGUGACACCACAGAAGCAUUUUAUCUUGCCAGCAAAUUGAUCUCUAUUAUGACGUACAAUGCGAGUGAAGAUGUAGUUGCCAAUGGAAACACAUCUAUACAUUUUCCUCCAGAAGAGAUUAAUAUGAAGAGGAACGGCAUCUUCACUAGAGGAUUUACUAAACCAGUGUGCACGCACCUUGACACAACUACGAAUUCGUUUACUCAGGAAGGGUGUCAAACAGAUGCAAGUGUGCCAAGGAACGGUGUGUCCUGUAUUUGCAACACGGGGACAUCAUUUGCCUUACUGACAGACGUUACUAUAAUGUUGACUAAUCAACGAACACUUGUGAUUGUGCUUUGUGUUGGUAUAGCGGUAUCACUCCUCUGUCUCAUAUUCCUCUUUAUUGGAAGCUGUAUAUUUCAGAGACUGAAACAUCUUCCAGAAAGACACACAAUCCGAAGCCUGGCCAUGGCGUUGAUAUUUGCCAAUAUCGCUCUGCUAUGUGAUACAAUUGUUGAUUGGAAAUUUAUUAUAAAUUAUCCAAACCUCGUGACGUUGGUAGUCCACUUUUCUUUAUUAGCCGUCUGCAUGUGGCUGUUAAUACUGAUAUUCGAUUUCGUUAUCAAAACAAAUAUUCAGUCUUGUCGUUCGAACUCCAACACUUGCUUGUACCAGACUUUUGGAUGGGGAAUCCCAAUCUUGAUUGCUGGAUUGAGCGCUGGCUUGUUGUGGGACUACUAUACGGACGAAAUAUUCUGGCCAUGGCUAGAUCCUGAUGUUGUGUAUGUUCUGUCUCUUAUACACAUCUAG